AUGGGUUGUAGACAAAGCUUUAGGCAAUGCUGUGACCGGCCGAAAAAUACCAACGUCCGAAUUAGUCUUCCAGCAGUGUGUUUCGUAUGGCAAAUUGUCAUGAUCAUCUUAUUCGGCAUUUUUAUCCGCUAUGACCAAGAAUCCGACGCACAUUGGGCAGAGUAUAGAACAUUUCAAAACAUUUCCAGUGACAUUGAGAACGACUUCUAUUUCAGAUACCCAAGUUUCCAGGACGUCCAUGUGAUGAUCUUUGUGGGCUUCGGUUUCCUCAUGACCUUCUUGAAGCGCUACAGCUUUAGCGCCGUGGGCUUCAACUUCCUCAUCGCUGCCUUCGGCCUUCAGUGGGCGUUGCUGAUGCAGGGCUGGUUCCAAUCUCUGGACCCCAUGGACGAAAAGAUCAAGAUCAGCAUGGAGAGUCUGAUCAAUGCAGAUUUCUGUGUAGCCAGCUGCCUAAUAGCAUAUGGGGCGGUGCUAGGCAAGUUGAGCCCAGUCCAGCUGAUGGUGAUGACACUGUUUGGAAUCACUCUGUAUGCUGUGGAUGAGUUCAUCAUCCUCAACCUCAUACAUGCCAGGGAUGCUGGCGGCUCCAUGGUGAUCCACACAUUCGGGGCUUAUUAUGGUCUGUCCAUCUCGUGGAUGCUGUACCGGCCCAACCUGGACCAGAGCAAGCGUCUGAAUGGCUCUGUCUAUCACUCAGACGUCUUUGCCAUGAUCGGAACCCUGUUCCUGUGGAUGUUCUGGCCUAGUUUUAACUCAGCCAUCACGGACCACGGGGAUGGGCAACAUCGAGCGGCCAUCAACACCUACCUGGCCCUGGCCUCCACUGUCCUCACCACCGUAGCCAUCUCCAGUCUCUCCCAGAAGACUGGCAAGCUGGACAUGGUUCACAUCCAGAACUCCACGCUGGCAGGGGGUGUUGCCGUGGGUACGGCAGCAGAGUUCAUGCUAAUGCCUUAUGGGUCUCUGAUCAUAGGGUUCUGCUGUGGCAUCAUCUCCACCCUGGGCUACAUCUAUAUCACGCCAUUCAUGGAGAAGUAUCUGAAGAUCCAGGACACGUGUGGCAUCCACAACCUCCACGCCAUGCCUGGGGUCAUAGGGGGCAUUGUGGGCGCCGUCACUGCAGCAGCCGCCAGUGAAGGGGUCUAUGGCAAGGCGGGGUUGAUAAACACAUUUGACUUCACGGGGAAAUGGAAAGACAUGGUGCCGAGCCGGCAGGGAGGACACCAGGCAGCAGGGCUCUGUGUUGCCCUCUGCUUUGGAGUCGGAGGAGGAAUCAUUGUUGGCUGUAUCCUGAGGAUGCCUAUCUGGGGGGAUGCUCCUGAUGACAACUGCUUUGACGAUGAACUCUACUGGGAGUUACCUGAGGAUGAAGAGAGCAUUCCACCUAUACUGGAGGACAACAACCACAUGCGGAACAGGGAUGUUACAGAAUCCCAUUUCUCUAUGGAACAGAGUCAGAACUGACGCUAGAGCCUGAUGUCAUCUCCCCCCUACAAAAACUGAUGGUUCUAUCCUACACUGACUCAUGCUGGACAGAAAACACUCCUAUCCUCCUGUUCUGUUCAUGGAAUUUAGUCAAUCUUUACUACUUUACAUUGGAAUCACAACAUGAACUCCCUGAGAAACAGUGACAAUUAUCUUUGUUUAAUGAAAUAGUUUUGACAAAAAUAAUGGUGCCAUGUUUCUAUCACCAGUCAGGCCUAAGUCGAAUCCUAAGCAUCAUUAAUAUUAACAGUAAGAUAGGUGACUGUACACCUUAUUUUCCACAUUGUCAUUGUGUCACCUUACCAAAUAAAGACCACAGGCCAAACCACCGGUGAUGCUGGUGUGAGAGGAAUUAUUGCAUUAAUCGGAAUUUGUGGAGAUUCUGUCCUUUGUGACAGGUAUAAUCAAAUACAAUUGUCACAUGCUUUGUAAACAACAGGUGUAGACUAACAGUGAAACGCUUCCUUAUGGCCCCUUCCCAAAAAUGCAGAAGCAGAAAUGGUCAGGAACCCUAACACGGCAGCUAUCCACUGCAGCGCCCUCUUCAAUCUUCUACUGUAUGUCAUGUUUUGUUUAUAGCUUAGGUUGAUGUUUUUUAGGUCCAGUUGGUUUUAUGGUUUAUCCAAAUGGCUCUAUGGAAUUUCAGCUCAAGCUUUCAUCGUUUAGUCAUAGAACCGGAUUAAAUUUGCAUCGCUGCAUUCAAGGAGUGUAAAGUAUAUUUAUGACUGUAGAGAAAGGGGGUACAUUACCGGUGU